AUGUCAAAAAUCAAAUACGGGUUAGAAAGUCGGUUUAGAGUAUCUACUCCAUCUCCAUUCUUCGUUCAAAUUGGUUUCUGCAACUAAAGCUUCGAAGCUCAAAAACACCUCAUUUUCUCUCUCCUCUCAUCGAUCUCCGCCAAUCUUCAUCCGCGUUUCAUCUUUCCGAGAUCUAUUUCACGGUACUCCUUCCUCUCUCUCUCCUCCAUUGAAGCAUACUCGAAAUUCUCCAUUGAAGGGGCUUCUGCGCUUUCUCUCCUCCAUUGAAGCAGUCUCUAAGAACUUUUUGAGAUACUAAGGUCUUUGCAGAAGCCAUGGCAAAGCAUCAUCCUGAUCUUAUCAUGUGCCGGAAGCAGCCAGGCAUUGCUAUUGGACGGCUUUGUGAGAAGUGUGAUGGAAAAUGUGUGAUUUGUGAUUCAUAUGUUCGCCCAUGCACACUUGUGCGAGUCUGCGAUGAGUGCAAUUACGGAUCGUUUCAGGGUAGAUGUGUGAUCUGUGGAGGUGUCGGCAUUUCAGAUGCCUAUUACUGCAAGGAAUGUACUCAGCAGGAGAAGGAUAGAGAUGGGUGUCCUAAAAUUGUCAAUCUAGGAAGUGCCAAAACAGAUCUGUUCUAUGAACGGAAGAAAUAUGGUUUCAAGAAAAGAUGAUAAGAGGAUGAAUCACUUUGCUUCUACCAGAAUGUCAUUUAAGAUUGGACUUGCAAGUUUGUAUAAUCAGUUUACUUUUGAUACUUCUGGUAUAAGUUGUAGUCACUAUGUUACUAUGCCUUACCCAUCAAAUUAGCUGACAAAACUUACGAAUUUGUACGAGUGCUAGAUAUAAUGCUGUUUUAUAUGCUGCUAGGAAAGCUUGGUUGAUUAAGCCGCAAAUUUUGCUCAGUUAUGGAGUUAGAUUUCGUCUACUUAGCCAAUUUGGUUAUGGGCAUACAUUA